CUAAACAAAGGCCUCCAUUCCACUUGCAAUAUUUUUGUUUGGGGCGGGAUUAGUCACUGUAAAUUGACUCAACUCGGCCGCACUAUGCAAACGGCAUAAUCCGCCGUAAACCAGAAGCGAAUUGCAAGUGCCCAGCAGCAGAUCGAAAACAGAAGCCCAGCGGAAGAACACAAAGAGUUUUAAGAGACCCCAUAUGCCCAUUCACGCCGUGAUGGCCAAGCGCCUGCUGCCCCACCAACCGUCCUACGAGGGGGAUGCACCUGGUCCGGAUGAGCUGGACAGUCCAGCCAUCGAGGCGGCGGCCCUCGACAUUCCCGCACCGGAGUCUGAUAAGGCGCUCCAAAAGGGUGUCUGGGAGCGACCCACAACGAGUGCCGAGUACAAGCCGCCCACCGAUGGGAGCACAGUGCUCCGAUUUGACAUCCUGCUGGCCCACAUCAUGCCUCCCGAUGGCGAGGAUGUGAAGAUCAAGCGCUUUGUGGUGUACGAGCUCACUGUGCGGCAGGAUGGCGCCACGGAGGACACUCAGCCGGCAAAAAUCGAACGUCGCUACACCGAUUUUCGGGAGCUUUAUCUGGGCCUGAAGCGUCUGUACCCCGUGGAGUUGGCCAACAAGUACUUCCCAGCCAAGGUACUGAUGGGUAACUUUAAAUCCGAACUGAUUGGCGAACGGAGCGCUGCCUUCGAGGCGUUCCUCACAUAUGUGGUUAGUCAGACGAAGCUCCGUGACUCGGAGGACUUUCUGCGCUUCCUGCAGCACGAUGAACUGACCAGGGCGUGCCAGUUUUUGGAUGAGCGGCGCAACGAGAUGGCCAUACCCAUUCUGGAGAACUGUUUCCGUUUGCUAAACAAGAUAUACAUGAAUCGAUCGCGACCGGUGCUCUUGAUACUCUGUCGCCUGGUGGCGGCCUGCACCUCCUCGCCAGUGCCUCAUCAUGCAGCCGAGAGGUGGGCUCUAUUGGCACUAAGUCGCUUUGAGACGCUGUGCGACAUUGAUCUGCUGCCUCUCUACAUUCCCCUGCUCCACACCUGUGCCCACUUGUGGUGGCAGCGCGGCCAGGACCAAAAGCCCAUAACCGAUCGACUGACUGACAUGUCCAAGCAGGGCAUCAACACUGCGAACACCGAGAACCUCAUGCAGGCUAUUCACAAGAUCGAUCCACGCACCGAAACCAUUUGAAUCGAAAUCUCCACCAGAGUUAUCAUACAUUUUGUUCAGUAGUUUUUAGCCGUCAAGCGUAAAGUGCAAUUAGAGAACAUGUGCAAUUAGUAUUAAGGUGAAAGGAGUAUUUAUCAACCUUAAAGGUAUCGGCAAUUUUUAACAAUGCUGUUCGCCAAAGUAGAUCGUUUAGGAAUUUUCAGUCACAAAAAAAACAAAUUUACACCCUUUUUUCUUACAAAUAUGUUUUUCUGUUCAAUGUUUAAUUUUAUUUUUCAAUCCACGGUCUUUAAAAUUAAAUUGUUAAAUAUUUUUUUGUUUGUAAAUUCUUAAUCUCAAAAUAAUUAACAUAAAAUAUGCUCAUGUCUACAUUAUUUAUACAUGUAAUAUUGCGACUAUUCUAAAAUCUGUAUCCGUUAUGUCCUACUUUGGUAACUUUAGGGUUAGUUUAAGCGUGUUUAUGUUUCAUAUUACGUAUUGUUUGAUUUUGUUUGUUCGUCUCUGUAGUUUUUAGUACAAACUUUGUACCCAGUGGGAGUUGUGGUUAAACAAUAAACUAUUUCCCCGCCCAAAGUGAAUCACACACGUAGUAUCGAGAGUCCGUGACGCACAGUCUGCAAAUCCAAGAUUGGAACUCCAUAUCAGCCUGAAAAAAUAUUAGACAAAUCGAACACAGCUCCCAGAGUUAUUUAUUCUUACAGCCCAAUGCCUUGUGAUUGCUUUUUUCAAUGAAUAAAUAUUAUACUCAAUUGUUUUCCA